CUUCAAUCACAAUCGCCACCUGCAAAGGGAAAUUAGAAUCCGGAGAAAACAAAAGCAGCGAGACAUGUUGCAGAAUUUCGAUUCCUUUUCUGCUUUCCUGUUACCUUCCUCAUGGAUUCUCCAAUGGUUUGGAGUGUUCUGAUGAGCUGGGAUUAUCAUGUUGCAGUGCCUAGAGGGAUUUAAGCAUCUGUUUGCUUUCCUGCUGGGGUGUUGCGAUCUAGAUUUAUACAAACAAACAAAAGGUCUCGAAGAUCCAGAAGCUCUUGCAAGCGAAACAGUGUUUAGUGUGAGUGAAAUAGAAGCAUUGUAUGAACUGUUUAAGAAGAUUAGCAGUGCUGUAAUUGAUGAUGGGUUGAUAAAUAAGGAAGAGUUUCAGUUGGCAUUGUUCAAGACAAACAAAAAAGAAAGCUUAUUUGCAGAUCGGGUAUUUGAUUUGUUUGACACAAAACACAACGGGAUAUUAGGUUUUGAAGAGUUUGCGCAUGCACUCUCUGUUUUUCAUCCCAAUGCACCAAUUGAUGAUAAGAUUGAGUUUUCUUUUCAACUUUAUGAUCUUAAGCAGCAAGGCUUCAUUGAGAGACAAGAGGUGAAACAAAUGGUAGUAGCUACACUUGCUGAAUCUGGAAUGAAUCUUUCAGAUGAUGUUAUAGAAAGUAUUAUUGACAAGACAUUUGAGGAGGCUGACACAAAACAUGAYGGGAAGAUUGACAAGGAAGAGUGGCGGAAUCUUGUUUUGCGGCAUCCAUCUCUUUUGAAGAAUAUGACUCUUCAAUACCUCAAGGACAUCACCACUACAUUCCCAAGCUUCGUGUUUCACUCACAAGUUGAUGAUACCUGAGGUUUCUGUCUGAUUUAGAGCUUAGAUCUCUUUGUCAAUGAUGAUUUGCUCAUUUCUAGACAAUGAUGUGGUGGGUCUUUUGAGUUUUAGAGGUGCAGAGCAAAGCUUUUGGAGUUGUUUGAUGAUUGUAUUGAGGAGUUUGAUAUUUCUAUGUUCAACUGGUACUCUCCCCCCUGGGCAGCGGUUCCUCAAAAUGAUGAGAUCUUCAAUCUGAAUUAAACAUGGUGCACAAGUUUUUCAUGGGACGUUCUUAAUGGUCGUAAAGCAAACUGCACUCCUUUUGCU